AUCACUCUUGCAGACAAAGCUUUAAAAGAGGUUUUUAAUAAUAUAUCAGUAUUUACUGAUUUUUGUGAAGUUAUGAAAGAAAUUAGUCUAAGAGCUUUAGAUCUUUUUCACCAAAAUCUAGAAGUUAGAUUUAAAAGACUUAUUGAUAUAAUUAAUUAUAAUGAACUAGUUGCUGCAAUGACAGAUAAUAUAAAACUUAAAUUAAGAUUACAAUAUUAUUCUAAUCUUGAAUAUAUUGUUGGAUCAGUAUUAUCAAAUGAGAAAAUAAAG